AUGACUGCGGGCGUAGACGAGACCUCCUCACCGCGCGGCGCCGCGACCGGAAAAGGAAAUCUCACAGCCGCCCCAGCCGCUUUUCAGGGUCUGCGCAGGCGCCGACGCUGGCCCAGGACCAGAGAAAGCCUGGGGAUGGGCAGGGUGUCCAUAUGGCCUCUCUGGACCAUCCUCCUGCUGAUGUGGCCUUUGGGGGGCCUAGGACCACCCCUCUGCCCUCGGGAGCCUUUCUACUUCCUCGUUGCCCUCAUGAAGAUGCUGGGAAACAAAAAUGAUGGCACUCUCUACACCCCAGAUGAUUUCUCGGUGUGUCCUGCGGAGACUCUAGGCUGCUUCCGGCUGGAGCUGUCUGUGAUAGGGUUGGAGGAGGGCCCAUCUGUGGGGACUGCUGUGUUCCGGCUACAGCGUCUGCUGGAUGCCCUGGGGUCCCGGCUGUGGGGGACUGGCCAGGGCCCUUGCCCACCCUGCGAAGGACAUCCCCAGAGACCUGUCCCUCUCUUUCUGGCCAAACUCUUGGAGUUAUUACAGGGGGCUUGUGCUCGGCGCCUGCCCUCAACAUGAGCUUGGAGGACACAGGCUCCCUGGUGCUCCUGGA